UGGAAAACAAAUUCAGCCGCAUUAAAGGAUCAGUAAGCUGUAAUAUAGUAGAUUUCUUUGUAAGUCCAAUACUGCUUUAAAAAAUCUUUGUUGCAGAUUGAAAGUACAGUAGAUUGUACCAUCUACCACUGCUAACGUUUACAAAUAAAAGUGAUGUGUGGUGAUAGAGUCUCUUCAGAAACCUUGACACAGAUGCUCAUUAUGUUUGUAUUUUCCUUCCUGCAGACAGUGAAAACUGCAUGAAAUGUCCUGAUGAUGAAUGGCCAAAUGAGACGAAGGAUCGGUGUAUUCCAAAAUUGGUGGAAUUUCUCUCCUACACUGAUGAUUCAAUUGUUGCAGUAUUUUCAGCUGUCUCCAUCUUCUGUUGUCUUCUAAAUGGUUUAAUAUUGAGGAUAUUUAUACAUUACCAGGACACACCCAUUGUUAAAGCUAAUAACCAGAACCUGAGCUAUCUUCUCCUGGUCUCCAUCAUGCUGAGCUUCCUCUGUGUCUUCUUGUUUCUCGGCCGUCCAGUAGAUGUAACCUGCAUGCUUUGUGUAACCUCUUUUGGUGUCAUCUUCUCAGUUGCUAUUUCAUCUCUACUUGCCAAAAGUAUCAUGGUGUGUGUUGCUUUCAAAACCACCAAACCUGGAAGUUCUUGGAAAAAAUGGAUGGGAGCCAGAUUUCCUAUUUCUAUCAUGUCUGUGUGUUCCCUGAUUCAAGUAAUAAUCUGUGUCACUUGGUUGUCUACUAAUCCCCCCUUCCAGGAUGAGGACACUCACUCUUAUCAGGGAAAGAUCAUCAUUCAGUGUAAUGAGGGUUCAGUUAUCGGCUUCUACUCUGUCCUGGGAUAUAUGGGGCUUCUGGCAGCUGUGAGUUUAAUUAUAGCUUUUUUAGCCAGGACAUUACCGGACAGUUUUAAUGAGGCCAAGUACAUCACCUUCAGCAUGCUGGUGUUCUGCAGUGUCUGGAUUGCCAUGAUCCCAGCCUAUCUGAGCUCUAAAGGGAAAGACAUGGUGGCUGUGGAGAUUUUUGCUAUAAUGGCAUCAAGUUCUGGACUUCUUGGCUGUAUAUUUUUCCCAAAAUGUUACAUAAUUCUGUUCAGACCCGAUCUCAAUACAAAAAUAGGCUUGCUUAGAAAUAAAGAACAUUAAACUUUUUGUAUGACGCAAAUAAUACAUAUAGUCCAAAAACACAGAAUUACUUUUCUCAUAAUACUUGCAUUUUGCUAGUCUAUUAAGAAGAAAAUCUGUUAAAUAUAUUGUAUUUAGUUUCAUUUUUCUUAGUGCAUUAAACACAAUUCUCAAUAAUAGUUUGUAUGA